AUGGUUGUCUUUAGCAAAGUUACCGCUGCUCUCACUUGCUUCUCGGUCGCUGCCUCCGCUGCGGCUGUGCCCGUCAAGAGCCCCCGUCAGGGCUUCACUGUGAGCCAGGUGCAGAAGACUACUACCGGCACCAAGACUGUCAACUUGCCCGGUCUGUACGCCAAUGCACUGUCCAAGUAUGGUGCUACUGUGCCAGCUGUGGUUCACGCUGCUGCCGUGAGCGGUUCUGCCAUUACCACCCCCGACGGUGACGAUGUUGAGUACCUCACGCCCGUCAAGAUUGGCGACUCCACCUUGAACUUGGACUUCGACACUGGUUCUGCCGAUCUCUGGGUCUUCUCCUCCGAGCUCAGCGCUUCAGAGCAGAAGGGUCACGACGUCUACAAGGUUGGUAGCACCGGUACUAAGCUGUCCGGUUAUAGCUGGUCUAUUUCAUACGGUGAUGGUAGCAGUGCUAGUGGUGAUGUCUACAAGGACACUGUCACCGUUGGUGGAGUGACGGCCACUAGCCAAGCUGUUGAGGCUGCCAAGACAAUCAGUGAGGAGUUCUUGGAGGACACCAACAACGAUGGCCUGCUGGGUCUGGCUUUCAGCUCCAUCAACACAGUCAGCCCCAGGUCUCAGACUACCUUCUUCGACACCGUCAAGUCCAGCCUCGACAAGCCCCUGUUCGCUGUGACUCUCAAGCACGGUGCCCCUGGUACCUACGAUUUCGGCUUCAUUGACGAGGAUAAGUUCACCGGAGAUCUUGCCUACGCCGAUGUUGACGACUCCGAUGGAUUCUGGUCCUUCACUGCCGACAGCUACAAGAUUGGCUCCGGUUCUGCUGGCGGCUCUAUCACUGGUAUUGCUGAUACUGGUACCACCCUUCUCCUGCUCCCCGACUCUGUUGUCACCGCCUACUACCGAAAGGUUACCGGUGCCAAGAACAGCAACUCUGCUGGUGGCUAUGUCUUCCCUUGCUCUGCCAGUCUGCCUGACUUCACUGUGACCAUCGAUGGCUACGACGCCGUUGUUCCCGGAUCGUUCAUCAACUACGCCCCCGUCAGCACUGGCAGCUCCUCCUGCUUCGGUGGUAUCCAGAGCAACUCUGGCCUUGGCUUCUCCAUCUUCGGUGAUAUCUUCCUCAAGAGCCAGUACGUCGUUUUCGACUCUGAGGGACCUCGUCUUGGCUUCGCCGCCCAGGCAUAA